CUUGAUACUCAACGACGUCGUUUUAACCUCUACCCAGAUAGUCAAACCCUGAAACACUGUUAUGCAUUAACGGCACAGCAUGAUUCAAUGCUAACUUGCAGCAUAACAGUAACAGGCCACCAUGACAAGGACCGACGGGCAAGACCCUGGUGUUGGGCGCAAAUUUAUGAAAUGAAUUGUGCUCUCGCCAUAUUAAUUUCUGUAAGGUAGUUUUUAAUAAUAAAUGUCAGAGUCAAAAUCAGAGCAGCGGCAAUGGGAAAACGCCGCAGCCGGUGCCAUUGCAGGCUUCGCUACAGUGGCUGCUAUGCACCCCCUUGACGUCGUCCGUACUAGGUUUCAAGUUAAUGAUGGUCGAGUAUCCAAUCUUCCAAGUUACAAGAACACUGCACAUGCUAUUUUAACCAUUGCUCGCUUGGAGGGUCUGAGAGGGCUUUAUGCUGGUUUCUCUCCUGCUGUUCUAGGGUCAACUCUUUCUUGGGGUUUAUAUUUCUUCUUCUAUGGUAGAGCCAAACAGCGAUAUUCCAAAAAUGGGGAGGAGAAGCUGAGCCCUGGUCUUCAUGUAGCUUCAGCUGCAGAAGCUGGAGCUUUGGUUUGUUUGUGCACAAAUCCUGUUUGGCUUGUAAAAACAAGAUUGCAGCUUCAGACGCCUCUUCAUCAAACUCGACCAUAUUCUGGGCUUUAUGAUGCACUAAGAACCAUAAUGACAGAGGAAGGGUGGACUGCACUUUAUAAAGGGAUUGUUCCUGGUCUUUUUCUGCAGGUUUCUCAUGGAGCUGUUCAGUUCACUGCAUAUGAGGAACUUCGUAAAGCUAUUGUUGACUACAAAAAUAAAAAAAGGAAACAAAAUCCUGAUAGCGUUGAUAAUAUAUUGAAUUCAGUUGAUUAUGCUAUUCUUGGGGGAUCUUCUAAGGUUGCUGCCAUUCUUCUUACAUAUCCAUUUCAGGUUAUUCGAGCUCGUUUGCAGCAAAGACCCAGUAGUGAUGGAAUUCCGAGAUAUAUGGAUAGCUGGCAUGUUGUGAAGGAAACAUUUCGGUUUGAAGGUUUUCGCGGUUUUUACAAGGGCAUCACACCAAACCUUUUGAAAAAUGUUCCUGCUUCUUCAAUCACAUUUAUUGUGUAUGAGAAUGUGCUGAACUUUCUGAGGAUGGGAAGAAACCAUAGCUGAAUUUUGUUUUGCUCUCAGUUUCUUUUACAUUCUUUUUGUAGCUACUGCCAAUAAUGAUUUAUUAGGCUAAAGUAGAUAGUAAAGGAUUGGUCAUACAAAUCUCAUCGAUAUGUAAUAAUGAAAAGCCUAUCCUUAAAUUUUAACUUCUACUUACUGAAUGGUUUUGAAAUGUGAAUUGGCUACAAAUUGUUUGGUUCCCUGUGGAUUCCUAUCUUUUGGUGAUUGCUUUUAAAGGACAAGUAUAUUAUGCCAGUGUUCUGGAAGUAAGAAUUAUAGCAAAACAUGCUACUGGGAGAUUGACUAGCUGCAAUGUGGCUUCAUUGUUCAUUUAUUCUGUUACAGAGUAUUGCUUGGAAAUUG